AUGUCGCAGCUAAGUAAGAAUCUGGGUGAUUCGAGUCCUCCAGCGGAGGCCCCGAAGCCGCCUGUCUAUAGCCGCCCCACGGUUCUCAUGCGGGCCCCACCUGCUUCCUCCCGGGCUCCUCCAGUCCCUUGGGAUCCACCUCCAAUUGACUUGCAGGCUUCCCUGGCCGCUUGGCAGGCACCUCAACCUGCCUGGGAAGCCCCGCAGGGCCAGCUGCCGCCUGCGGUGCCUCCUCCGGUGGCUCCGAUGGCUCAACCUCCGACCCUGGGGGGCCCGCUGGUCCAGGCUCCUCCGCUGGGGGCCCCGAUGGGCAAGCCUCCGACUCCCGGAGUGCUGAUGGUGCAUCCGCCCCCUCCAGGAGCUCCGAUGCCCCAGCCUCCAACUCCUGGAGUCCUGAUGGUGCAUCCUGCUCCCGGAGCCCCUAUGUCCCACCCGCCUCCUCCUCCACCUCCUCCUCCUCCUGGUACCCCAAUGUCCCACCCUCCCCCUCCGGGCACCCCGAUGGCCCACCCUCCUCCUCCUCCGGUGACUCCGAUGGUGCAUCCUCCCCCACCGGGGACCCCGAUGGCACACCCUCCUCCUCCACCACCUCCUCCUCCUCCUCCGGGGACACCGAUGGCCCAUCCUCCGCCUCCGGGGACGCCGAUGGCUCAUCCUCCACUUCCCGGAACACCGAUGGCCCAGCCUCCAGCUCCAGGCGUCCUGAUGGCCCAGCCUCUGACUCCAGGAGUCCUGAUGGUCCAGCCUCCUGCGCCGGCCCCGAUGGUCCAGCCACCACCUCCAGCGGCCUUGAUGACCCAGCCACCACCUGCAGGAGCUCCGAUGACCAAGCCUCCAGGUCCUGGCGUCCUGAUGCUACAUCCUCCAGGUGCGAGAGCUCCAAUCGCCCAGCCUGCAGCCUCAGGAGCUCCCAUGGUGCAGCCAGUGCCCCCCCCUGCACAACCUGUGGCUACCUGGGCUCCACAGGCUCAGCCUUUGAUCCUGCAAAUCCAAUCUCAGGUUAUCAGAGCCCCUCCACAGGUUUCUCAGGGCCCACAGGCUCCCCCAGCGCAGCUGGCCACACCCCCAGGCUGGCAAGCCACCUCCGCGGGAUGGCAGGCACCUCCGCAGGGCUGGCAGGCCACACCUUUGACCUGGCAGGCCACACAGGUCACCUGGCAGGCUCCAGCAAUUGCCUGGCAGGCACCACCUGUUCGCCAGGGGCCCCCACCCAUCCGCCCGGGGCCCCCACCCAUCCGCCCGGGCCCCCCACCUGUGCGCCAAGGCCUGCCCAUGGUCCGUCCAGCCCCGCCUGUGAUUCGUCAGGCACCACCUUUGAUCCGUCAGGGGCCACCGCCCAUCCGACCUGCCCCCCAGAUCCUGGCCACCCAGCCACAGCUCUGGCAAGCCCUGCCACCCCCACCUCCGCUGAGGCAGGCCCCGCAGGCUCGGCUGCCAACCCCACAGGUGCAGGCAGCACCCCAGGUGCCUACAGCCCCACCAGCUACACAGGUACCCGCAGUGGCACCCGCUGGCCUGCAGGUGCCCCAGGGAGUGCUGACAGGCCCGCUGUCCGUCCCGCCGACGGUACAGCAGGCUGUGCACUGCCCGUCCAUCAUCUGGCAGGCCCCCAAGGGCCAAACUCCGGUGCCACAGGAGCUGCCAUCGUCGUUGGAGUUCCAGGAGGUACAGCCGGGACAGGCGGUGGUCUGGCAGGCGCCGAAGCCUCCCACACAUUUCUGGCAGCCCCUGCCCACCCAGGAGGUCCAGGGUCAGCCCCCCAGGAUCGUCCAGCUGGAGCAGCCCUUUCAGGGAGUCCCGGCCUCCCAGAAAGCACUCCAAAUCCAGCUACCCCCCCAGCAGGCCCAGCCUUCGGGGCCGCAGGCAGAGCUGCCUGCAGUGCAACUGCAGCCAUCCUGGCAAGCCCCACCGACAGCCGUGCAGGCCCAGCCAGGAGCCCCAAUAGCGGGGUCAAAUUUUCACGGGGGCUCCACUAAAUCACUGAUGACUCCUUCAGGAGAGUGCAGGGCCUCUUCUAGAGAACGUAGGGGCUCCUCCAAAGAACGUAGGACUUCUUCAAAAGAGCGCAGAGCCCCCUCCAAGGACCGCAUGAUCUUUGCGGCCACUUUCUGUGCUCCCAGGGGGGUGUCGGCUACUCGAGCACACCUGCCAACCACCUGGAAAGCCUUGCCUGCCACACCGGAGCCCUUUGCUGCUGCCUCAAGGGCCUUUCCAUCUACCUCCCAGUUCCAGCCUGCCUUCCGGGGCCCGUCUACUGCCUCAGAGACCCCAAAGUCACUGCCAUUUGCUCUGCAGGGUACAUACGCGUGUGUGGAAGCCCUGCCUGCAGUCUCUUGGGUUUCGCAGCCCCAUGUGACUGCCUCCAAGGCAUCCCCGGCAGUGCCCACUCUCCUGAUGGCCGCAGCAGCUGCUCCCCAGACGACGGCGACCGUCCAAGAGGCCACAAAGACGGCCGAGCCACCACGUCGUCCGUGCAAGGCCACCAGGAAGAAGAAGCACCUGGAGCCUGAGGUGGAGAGCACUGGCCAGGGGAUGGCCUCUUGUGACUGGCAGGGUCUCAGGCCUUGGGAGAAUCUCAGUCUGAGUGACUGGGAUGUCCAAAGCCCAAUCCAGGUUCUGGGGGAGUGGGAGUGCCCAAACACUCCCUGUAGCCUCAAUGGCUGGGAGGGUCCAAAUACCUCCCAGAUCCUGAGUGGCUGGGAAGGGCCCAGCACAUCUUGGGCCAUGGGUCCCUCUGAAGGUCCGGGUGGCCCUCAGCCCUUCACUGCCCCCGAGGUUCCAUGUCUCUCUCAGGGGUGCAGUGUUACCCGGGUGGACCCCAUGUUGGAGACUCAGCUACUGUCUCCAUUAGAUGAGCGAGAUGCAUUGGUGCAGUUCCUCUUGGUCAAGGACCAAGCCAAGGUGCCCAUCCAGCGCUCAGAGAUGGUGAAAGUCAUCAUCCGAGAGUACAAACACGAGUGCUUAGAAAUCAUCCACCGUGCCAACAAUAAGCUAGUGUGUGCCUUUGGCUACCACUUGAAGGGAGUGGACAUAAAAACCCACUCCUAUAUCAUAAUCAACAAGCUGGUGUGCCCUCAAGGGGAAGCAGUGGCGUGCUACCUAGACAGGCCCAAGUUAGGCCUGCUGAUGGUGGUCCUGAGCCUCAUUUUCAUGAAAGGCAAUUGUGUUAGGGAGGAUCUCAUUUUUCAUCUGCUUUUCAGGUUGGGGCUGGAUGUCCGGGAGACCAAUGGUCUCUUUGGAAACAUGAGGAAGCUCAUCACUGAAGUGUUUGUGAGGCACAAGUACCUCGAGUACAGGCGGAUCCCUUGCACGGAGCCCGCAGAAUAUGAGUUCCUCUGGGGCCCCCGGGCAUUCCUUGAAACCAGCAAGAUGCUUAUCCUGAGGUUUCUGGCCAAGCUACAUAAAAAACAGCCUCAGUGCUGGCCUUUCCAUUACCUCGAAGCACUGGCCGAGUGGGAUCCUGAAGAUACGGAUGAUGACGAGCCCGAUGGCAGCGACAAUGGCGAUGAGCCCACCAGCAACCCCCCUCCGAGCUGA